AACAACACGGUUCAUGAGAUGCGACGCGAGGGACAUCAUUGAUGUGGAUUUCAGCACUGCAGUUUAUUUAAACUGAAUGUUGAUUGUAGUCGAACAGUAUUAAGUCAAAUUGGUGAAAGGUUUCGUUUUGGGGUCUUUUUUCUCAAUCUAUCCUUUGACUGUUUCAGUGUUCGGCGCGCAGUCAGUCAAUGCAAGUGAUCACAGGGUUUUCACCUGCCUCCCUUUUUCCCCCUGUUUGCACUGGAAAUAGAGACUUUUCCUUCGUGAACUAACAGAAAGACAACAUGAAGCAUUUUCUAAGAGCACUGGCUCAGCUCUUUGCUUUCCUGUACUGUGCUUUACUGUGGCGCACUCUCAAGUUCCUGACCCGAAAGGUCACCGGUCGGUGUGAGCUCCAACGAAUAUGCUACAACCACAAACCAGGCGCACGCCGGACCCUCAAAAUUGAACACUCUCUGAAGUCCUCAAAGAGUGAUCUGCUGCGGUCUGCUGUAGGUGUUAACCCUGAUGCCGUGGAGAAGGUCGUCGACGACAUCAUGGCUCUAAAGCAAAUCAAUAGUGACACAAACCCUCAGCUGGGCAUCUCUCUGCAGGCCAGCCUGUUCCAGAUCGUGGGCUACAGGACUCUGAUGGUGCAGGUGGAGAAGCUGCGCAGGGAGCCAUACGACUGUGAGAACCAAGAACACGAGGCCAUGUUAAUGAAGCUGUGGAAAUCCCUGUGCCCAGAAACGCCACUGACGGCUCGCAUUUCAAAACAGUGGAGCGACAUCGGUUUCCAAGGCAGUGACCCAAAGACGGACUUCAGGGGCAUGGGCGUUCUGGGUCUGCUGAAUCUCCUGUACUUUGCUGAACACGACAAAGCCACAGCCCUGCAGCUGCUCCAUGACUCUCAGCAGCCUAAACACAGCACACUGAGCAAAGCUGAAUGGGAGAGGAGAAGUUUGGAAAAGGCCAUAGGGUUUUCCUUCGCUAUCGUGGGGAUUAAUAUUACAGAGCUGGUGUAUAAACUACUGAUGAGUGGAUCUCUGAAAACCCACCUGUACAAUGUGGCCCCUGAGAUGCCGAGUCUGGUACACUUCCACCAGACCUUCUGUUAUCUGAUGCAGGAGUUCCACAGGUUCUGGAUCGAAGAGAACCCGUGUGACAUCAUGGAAUUUAACCGGAUCCGGGAGAAGUUUCUCCGCAGGGUCACCAAGCAGCUGAAGAACCCCAACAUGGCUCUGUGUCCGCACGAGCCCGCGUCCGACGUUCACCUCAUCAGUCUGUGACGAAGCUUCGCCCAGCCCGGCUUUCAAGACCGCGAAAGUAUCCGAUUCAUCUUUAGUACUUAAAUAUUGGAAUAGAUUCAUUACCGGCAUCCGUGCUUAGACUAAGAUCAUGAAUGACUCACCUCAGAGCUGUCUGAGUCCCGUGACUGGGUCGGCGGCCAGGUGGGAUAUUUUUCAUCGAGAAGUCCAUUUAGCCGUGUUUUAGCUGCAUUCUCACUCUGUGUGGUGCUUAUGAAUUCAUCUGUGAACACAUUCACUGCUCUUGAGGUGGCCUCCACUGUGCAAUCAUGCCAUACAUUACGAUUAUUUCUAUAGAAAUGUCAUUUGAUAAAUGAAUGUGUACAGCACUUUAAUGUUAAAAAUGUUUGUAAUUCUUCUUUUUUUCUUUUUUCUU